UACCAAAAGCAGGCCUGAUAGUGUUAUUUUUCUGAAUAAUUUGAUUGAACUACUUUAGUUUUCCAUAUUUCCAAAAUAUAUUCCGUCAAUGUUCCGUCGAAUCAAAUGCCGUUAGCGAUGGCGGUUUGCGUCAAGGUGAAAUCACGAAAUCUCAACUCAAAGAAAGAUUUUUCCAUAUAUGAUUAUGCUCACUCCACUAAAAGCACAGCCCGUCUGUCGAAAACCAAUAAACUAUCGGUUGAUCUAACGGAAAGCGAGCAGGAUUUAGACUUGGAAGACGAAAACCAAAACAGCCCGUGUGGACCAAACGUUGAGCACACUAUCCAACAAGAACAUGUCUUUUCGGAUUAUGUUAUUGACGUUUGGUAUGUCGUUUCGGAACAUAUCUUACCGGAAGAUGUCUGCAGGUUUGCGCUUAUAUGUCGGAAAACGGCUGAAGUUGUGCAGUCCGCUAGAUUUUGGCGUCACCUAUAUCGGAAGCACUGCAAUGCAUAUGUUGAAGAUUUACCACGUCGUCUUCUACCGGUGAAUAUGGCUAUCCUACGAGGAUUGCGAGCCUGUACGAUACGAUCCUUAUUCUACGCAUAUCCUCCGUUUGUACGAAGAAUUUCAAAGGCAACUUUUACCGAUCCACACCGAAUCACCGGUAGGCAACUGGUAUUUUCCUGGUACCGCAAAAAUAAAACCGGAUGGAAUUACUAUUUUAAACUGAAAGCACGCCUAAUUCCGGGAAGCCGAGCAGCAUGUUCUGCCAAGAUGCAAGAACAAAAAGCGUCACUGGACUAUCUGAAGGAUAUCUACAUGAAUUCGGAAGAAUGCUGUCAGAUUCUGAUCGUUUCGGCAGACACUCUACACCUAAUUCCACACUACCAGGAACCACUGUACGUGCGGUCUCUGACACAAACUUUGGCUCAAGGUAUGCGAACGUACAUGGUUCGCCUGCAGCUGGCCAACUACUGCCAACGAGUUGUAGAUGAAAUUGUGCUGGUACCGGUUCGCCAGGUACGGGUACUGGAUUGGUGGACUCCUGACUAUUACCGAGAGGACCCGACCGUGCAGGAACUGCAGGAGCCGCCACAUCAGUUACUGGAAAAUGCGUACGACGGAUACUGGGAUGACUGAUAUUGUGAGUUGGAUAGUUGAGGCUGUUACUAGACAAUUUAGACACUAUAGGUAUUCGACGAACUCUUGUAAACUAUGUUAUCGAAAUUUGUCUAAAAAUUUUCAUAGAAGUACGAACAUAUUGCUAAAGGUUACCCAGCAUGUUUAUCAGUAUAUGGAAAUCGCGAACCAAGUUCGCGGUAAAAGAUUACAAACACGGCACUCAGUUCGAUUGACCCAAUGAACAUAUUUUGUAAAGUUUGGAUAAGGAAAACGGGAAACGGAAAUUAUAA